AUUUGAUGACCUCCAGGCAGUGGAGGGGCAGUCGAGGAAGACCAAGGCCCCAGGCGCCUACGUGGGCGGAAUGCACAAGCUUGGGUCUUGGCGGCCGGGGCUCCACGUCCCAGCACUAGCCAACGAGGGCCUCGGCCGCGCGCGAAUAUUCGUGCCUUCCUCGCUGCGAGGCUUUGCGAAUCUUGGCCACUAGCUAAAGGCGGGGUCGCCGGACUGGUAGCAACCGGAGACACUCAGCCCCGCAGCAGGAAAUGCGCCUCGUGGCUUCCGGCGCGUGCAGAUGACGCGCGGCUCGGGCUUCCGCCUUGGGGAGCGGGCGGCGGAGCCCGGGACGCGGAGACCUGGGGUCGCUGCAGCUGGGCGGCCCGCGGGCCCAGGGUGGGAAUGCACCGCCGUGGGGUGGGAGCUGGCGCCAUCGCCAAGAAGAAACUUGCAGAGGCCAAGUAUAAGGAGCGAGGGACGGUCUUGGCUGAGGACCAGCUAGCCCAGAUGUCAAAGCAGUUGGACAUGUUCAAGACCAACCUGGAGGAAUUUGCCAGCAAGCACAAGCAGGAGAUCCGGAAGAAUCCUGAGUUCCGUGUGCAGUUCCAGGACAUGUGUGCAACCAUUGGCGUGGAUCCGCUGGCCUCUGGAAAAGGAUUUUGGUCUGAGAUGCUGGGCGUGGGGGACUUCUAUUACGAACUAGGUGUCCAAAUUAUCGAAGUGUGCCUGGCGCUGAAGCAUCGGAAUGGAGGUCUGAUAACUUUGGAGGAACUACAUCAACAGGUGUUGAAGGGAAGGGGCAAGUUCGCCCAGGAUGUCAGUCAAGACGACCUGAUCAGAGCCAUCAAGAAACUAAAGGCACUUGGCACUGGCUUCGGCAUCAUCCCUGUGGGCGGCACUUACCUCAUUCAGUCUGUUCCAGCUGAGCUCAAUAUGGAUCACACCGUGGUGCUACAGCUGGCAGAGAAGAAUGGCUACGUGACUGUCAGUGAGAUCAAAGCCAGUCUUAAAUGGGAGACCGAGCGAGCGCGGCAAGUGCUGGAACACCUGCUGAAGGAAGGGUUGGCGUGGCUGGACUUACAGGCCCCAGGGGAGGCCCACUACUGGCUGCCAGCUCUCUUCACUGACCUCUACUCCCAGGAGAUUACAGCUGAAGAGGCCAGAGAAGCCCUCCCCUGACUGCGUGUGGAACGGCACACAGCAGCAGGCAGGAAGGAGGAGGAGGGCAAAUAAACCUGGGUAGUUUUGUUUAUAAAAAAAAAAAAAAAAAAAUAGAAAAAAGUUCCAAGUUUUUCUUUCUUCCCCCAUUCUUUUAUUUUUGAAAAGUGCCUUCACAUUGCAUCUUUAUUGGAGAAGACCUCGCUCAUUCAGUAAGGAUAAUCUGAUUAACACAGAAAACGGCAAGCACAUAUAAAAUGAUUUGUGCAGGUCAUCUGCAAGUUCAUGGAAGAGCUGGGCCUGGAAUGCAGGUUGUUUCCUGGCCUGUCUAGUCUUUGUAGCUGUGAGACAUAGAUUACAGCCUAUGCUAAUUCAAAAAUUUUUAAUAAAAUGUUCCUUAUCUCAAACUAGCUGGUCCUAAUGGACCAGUAAAUACUAUUCACUCUUUCAGCCUCUUCUGGCUUCCUCUGUAGAGGCUCUAGGUUAUGACAAAGUUAGCUGUGAGUAUGAAGGAAAUAGAAGUCAAUGUCCAAUCGUGGCUCAACUGGAGGAAAGAAAACAAUGGACUCUGAUGGGAAUCAAACAAUAGUUAGGGAAUGUUCUAUUUUCUCAAAUUCCCUACUAGCUUUCUCACCCUCCUGUACUAGAUUGCCAGGUCCCUCUAGCCUCAGUAGUGGGAAAGGGAGUCAUUUACUGAACACCUACCCUGUCCCAUUUUACAUACAGCUCACUUAAAUUUCACCAAGUAGGCAGCCUUCAGCGUCACAGGUGAUUGAAUCAAAGUAAUUUGCCAGGGGCCGCCAGCUUCAGCGGAGCCAAAGCUGGAGCCUAGGCGUAUUAACCCGAGCCCAUGCCUUCAUGUAUCACUGCACAGUACAGAAUGGCAGCACAUACUGUGUGUAGACAUUUUUCUGCACACAUGGUCAGCCAAGAGUAAAAGCUUCUGCAUCAGAAAGCAAGAAUCUCCUACAGCAAGUAGAAGUGAUGAGAGAAGAGGCCAGAGUUGUUUAAGGCUCCCAAAGUCGUUAGUCUAAAGGCUAAGAUCCUUAAAAAGUACUACUGUACUGGAAAUCUGAAAACUCAAUGGUUUUUCCAUACUGAGACCCUUCCUUUAGCAGGAUAUAGCCUGGGCCCAUCUCUACCUCUGCCUGUCCUUGUAGGACAUGCUCACUCCAAGUUCUGGAAUAGGUCUUUGGAAGCCGCUGAAACUAAGAUGUCACUGACUGCCAGAGCCUUAAAAAAUGAACCCCAUUUCCAAUGAGAAAACUUGUCCUGCUCUCCCCACCCGGCCCCGCCCUUCCACCAUGUUAUGCAAGUCUUUGGCUUCCAGACAAUUCACAGCACUUUCCUUCUCCCUAACAGUUCCAGGCCUAGGUGAGGUGUAGUUAACAAGAUGAUCCCACUCCUUUACACAAGCCCUCCCAUGCCCACAGGCACUUCCUCCUUCUGCCAAAACAAACUUUAUUGCACCAAAAAGGAAAAAAAAAAAAAAAAAGAAAA